AUAUUCACAUAUUCCACACAACUUCACAAAACAUGUCUUCUUCGUUUCUCUCCUCCACUGCUUCCUUCCUUUUUGUUCUUCUCUACAUUGGUUCCUUCCACGUCUCCGAUGGAGCUCAACAAGGAACAUACAUCGUUCACAUGGCGAAAUCUCAGAUGCCCUCGAGCUUCGACCACCACUCUCUCUGGUACGAGUCCUCUCUCAAGUCCAUCUCAGAAUCUGCUGAAAUGCUCUACACUUACAACAAUGCGAUUCACGGAUUUGCCACUCGGCUUACUCCCGAAGAAGCUGACUCGCUCAAGACUCAACCAGGUGUCAUCUCCGUUCGACCAGAGCAGCGGUAUGAGUUACACACCACUCGGACUCCACUAUUCCUCGGCCUCGGCGUACACAACUCCGGCCUGUUCCCUGAAACCGGUCCAGGCAGCGACGUCGUCAUCGGAGUUCUCGACACAGGUGUUUGGCCAGAGAGCAAAAGCUUCUCGGACGAAGGAUAUGGUCCUAUUCCGUCUACCUGGAAAGGCGAAUGCGAGGCUGGGACAAAAUUUACCACUUCCCUCUGUAACCGCAAACUAAUCGGAGCUAGAUUCUUCGUUUGUGGUUAUGAAGCAGAGUAUGGACCAGUGGACGAAUCUAAAGAGUCGAGAUCGCCUAGAGACGACGACGGUCACGGAACACACACAGCUUCAACCGCGGCUGGAUCCAUCGUGGAAGGAGCUAAUCUUUUGGGCUUCGCUAACGGGACGGCUCGUGGGAUGGCUUAUCGCGCUCGAGUGGCUGUUUACAAAGUUUGUUGGAAACCUCAAUGCUUCAGCUCAGAUGUUUUAGCUGGAAUCGAUAAAGCCAUCGAAGAUAAUGUCAACGUUCUGUCGUUAUCUCUUGGCAAAAGAAACAGAGAUUAUACUAACGAUGUUGCCAUGGGAGCAUUCUCGGCCAUGGAAAGAGGGAUCUUUGUUUCCUGCUCUGCUGGUAAUGAUGGUCCCAGCCCAUCCAGCUUAUCGAAUGUAGCUCCAUGGAUUACUACUGUUGGUGCUGGUACAUUAGAUCGUGAUUUUCCGGCACUAGUGACUCUUGGCAACGGGAAGAGUUAUAUUGGAGCUUCCUUGUUUAAAAAAGAUGCUCUUCCGCCUACACUGUUGCCGUUUGUUUACGCCGGGAGUGCUAGUAACAAUGCUACUUAUGGAAAAUUUUGUCUCUCCGGAACACUAAUUCCGGAGAAGGUAUAUGGGAAGAUCGUGAUGUGCGAGAAAGGAGAGAAUGAUAGAGCUGAGAAAGGAGAGGUGGUGAAAGCUGCUGGUGGACUCGGAAUGAUUCUGCCGAAUAGGGCGAAUAGGGGAGAAGAGCUUGCCGCAAAGGCCCAUGUGUUACCGGCGACCACUGUGGGACAAAAAGCCGGUGACAUUAUCCGGCGCUACGUCAAGACGGAUCCGAGUCCGACCGCUUCGAUUGUGAUCCAAGGAACGGUCGUCAAAGUCAAGCCCUCUCCUGUGCUUGCAGCUUUCAGCUCGCGAGGACCUAAUCCCAUAACGCCAAACAUUCUCAAACCGGACUUGAUCGCUCCUGGAGUCAAUAUCCUCGCCGCAUGGACCGGAGCUCUAGGACCUUCCGGACUCGCUUCCGAUACUAGCCGCGUGGAAUUCAACAUCAUCUCAGGAACGUCCAUGUCUUGCCCUCAUGUGAGCGGUUUAGCGGCUCUUCUCAAAUCAGUGCAUCCAGAUUGGAGCCCGGCGGCAAUUCGAUCAGCUCUCAUGACGACCGCUUACAAUACCUACAAAGACGGAAAACCAUUGCUCGACAUCUUAACGGUAAAACCUUCAACACCAUUCGGGCACGGUGCAGGACACGUAUCACCUGCGACGGCCAUCAGUCCAGGACUCAUCUACGAUCUAACGACUAAGGAUUAUAUAGAUUUCCUCUGCGCAUUGAAUUACAAUUCGUCGCAGAUAGGAUGCGUGACGAGAGGCAAUUACGCUUGCGAUCCAAGAAAAAUGUACUCCGUCGCUGAUCUAAACUAUCCGUCCUUCUCAGUUAGCGUCCACGGGUCCGGAGGCACGUACAAGUACACACGCACGGUCACAAACGUGGGAGGAGCUGGUUCGUACACGGUUAAAGUAAUCUCUGAGACAGCAGCAGUCAAGAUUUCGGUUGAACCGGCGGUUUUGAAUUUCAAAAAAGUGAAUGAGAAGAAAUCGUACUCGGUUACGUUUACCGUUGUCUCAUCCAUGGCGCCAAGGUCUAACAGCUUCGGGAGCAUUGAAUGGUCAGAUGGGAAACACGUGGUGGCCAGUCCCGUGGCGAUUAGCUGGACAUAGUUGCCAAUUAUGACUAUAAGUUCUAAAAAGAGUAAGAAGGAAGCUUUAUUGUAAUUUCGUUUUUCAUAACGGUUCUGUUUAGCAAAAAUAGCAUUUUGUAUGUAUCAUGAAACUUGAAUAUUUGAUAAAAAUAAUAAGUUAAGACUA